AUGACAAUUGAUCCAAGUAAAAUUUCAGCUUCAACUACACCAUUUGCCCUCAUCGACGAACACAGUGCUAGUGAAAGCGAAAAAGAAAUUUUAUUUUCAAUGCACACUGUUUUUCGUGUCGAUGAUAUUAAACAGACAGUCAGCAGCAAUCGUCUAUGGGAAGUACAAUUAAGUCUCACAGGCGACAAUGAUCCACAACUGGCUACUCUUACUGAACGCAUAAAAGGGGAACUUUGUGGAUCCACAGGAUGGCAUCGAUUGGGUGACUUAAUGAUUGAAGUGGGUCAUUUCAAUCAAGCUGAAGAACUUUACAACGAAUUACUGAAGAACUCGUCCAGCGAUAGUGAUAGAGCACAUAUAUAUCAUCAGCUUGGACGACUGAAAGACGAUCAAGGACAAUAUAAAGAAGCAGUUUCAUUUUAUGAAAAAUCACUUGAAAUCUACCGAAAAACUCUUCCGGAAGAUCAUUCUUCAUUGGCUCCUACCUACACUAACAUCGGUGCAGCGUAUGACAACAUGGGUAACUACUCGAAAGCACUUGAAUUUUACGAAAAAGCACAUAAAAUCUACGAAAAAUCUCUGCCUCCGAAUCAUCCCGAUUUGGCUACUUCCUAUAACAACAUCGGUGGAGUGUAUGACAACAUGGGUAACUACUCGAAAGCACUUGAAUUUUACGACAAAUCACUUAAAAUCUGCGAAAAAUCUCUGCCUCCGAAUCAUCCCGAUUUGGCUACUUCCUACAA